AUGGCCAAGAAUAUAGUCCCAGGCAGUGUGGAGACAAGUUCCCCCAGCUGCCUGCAGUUUCUUCGCUGCUUCACACGCACCUCCUGCGGGACGAGGGGCCCGGGGCGCGACAAGACACCCCGAUCCGAGUCAAGCCGAGCCCUGUCCAAGCCGAGCAGAGCAGGGGAGUGGAGCCUGGUGGCUGGGGCGCGCCGGGCCCCGCAGGUCUCUGCCGCCCUGCGCGGCUCCAGGAACCUGCUCAAGAAAUUGGUCUUCAAAACCAAGAAGAAGUUUUGGUAUGACAGCCCUGGGCUGGGGUCUCAUCAGGUGUAUAAGCCAUCGGGCUUGGCCCCUGUACUAAAAGCUUCUCAGCAAAGAACUAGGAAAGAAGACAGUAUACGCACAAGGGUACUGAAUAUAGUCUUGUACAAAGCUAUCACAGACAUGAUGAGCACCUGUGAAGUCAGUCAGGAACUCUAUGAUCUCAAGCUGGAAAUCUCCAAGGUAUCCCUGUUAUCAGACUUUUCAGCAUGUCGUGUGUACUGGAAUCCUACUACAGUAGGUGACAGCAAGCAUGUGGAAAGUAUUCUACAGAAAAGUGCUCUACGUAUAAGGUAUCUUUUGUUAGCCCGUCAGGUUCUGGGAAAUGUGCCUCCAAUAGUAUUUGUUAAAGACAAAGCAGCUGCAGCCAUGAGAGAGAUUGAUGAGUUACUGGCAGUUGCUGAUUUUGGACCUGAAAAAGAAAAUUUGUCUCAAAAUGAUUUCAGUGAAUCAGAGACUUCAGUGACUACAUCGUCCUCUGAUACGUCAGCUUCAUCUCUCCAGUCAAAUCUUUUUGGUGUUGAUCAUGAAGUCCUGAAUAAACAAAUAAUGGAAUACAAAAAAAUGAAAAAAGUGAAACAUGUAGAAGGCAUUGGAUGGGCAGAACAGCAGCAGAAGCAGUUGGCUGUAGUGCAAAAACAGAUGAGAAUGAAAAAGAAGAAAACAAAGGGUUCUUUUCAGAAUGAUCUUACACCUCAGGAAUACUUAUUGAACAAGUACAAGACAGACUAUUUGGAUGAUGAAACUGUAUCCUUCUCAGAGAAUGAAUCGGAAGAUGAAUUAUGGAUGGAGGUAAAUGAAUUUAAGGCAGAUGAUGACAUAAACCAAAACCCAUCCACUACAAAACCAACAAAACUGAAGUGAAAUUAUAAGCCGUACAUUUCUCAAUAAAAAUAGCAGAUAAAAAAGUCGGCUAGAAUAUAUGCUGAAGCAUUAGCUAUGUAACUCCACUUGAUUUUCCUCUUCCACCCUCAAAAGGUAUGGUAUGAUAGGGAAGAACUAAUGAAUACAAAGUGUCACAGUAAAAGAGGUUUUAAAAUGCCGUUUUUAAUAAAUAUGACAUAAGUUGAACUUUUUUGAACUAACUAAGAACGUUAUGGUUGUGCUGAGGGUUGCAAGUAAAGCUCCUUAUCCUGCUAUCGGAGAAUAGACAAAGCAACUUUAUUGUGAGCUAAAACAUAUUGGUUGCCUCCUAGGAAGUUAAUUUCCUUUGCCUUAAUAUGAGUGCAAUGAUCUGUCAAAGAGAAGGAUUUCAAAGGACAUGAUUAUGUUACUUUAGAACCCUAGCAAGCUAUUAAUCUGCAAAUUUGGAAUCUGCUUCUUGAAGAUUUAAGUACAUCUUGGUGUUGUGCUCUUACAUUACUAAGACUUCUUUAAACUGUACACAUAUAUAUUCACCUUUUGAACUAUUUCAUUUGAACUGUAAACAUUAACAAAUUCAUGAAGUAAGACAUGGUUUCCAUGAAGCUUGGAAGGAUGUAGGCUUUUUAAGCUUGUCUUUGGAGGAGAGUAUAAGUAAGCGAGGCACAGAAUGAAUGGAUGCAGUCUUUUUUUAUCUUUCCUCCUGUUCUACAUUUAGUACAUAUGUAGCUCUUGUUUUUUAUUAUGAGCAGAGUUGGACACUAAACAGAUUGCAGUUUGCAGAAUUCCUGAAAGCAGCUGAUAUUUUAAUCUUCAAUUAGCGAGUAGUUUCUCUAGUAACCCUUCCUCCCUAUGGCCUUAGGAAAAACAAAACAAAAAAGAAAGAGGGUGCGGGGGGAAGUGUGCCUUUAUGCAAUGGCUAACAUGGGUUCCUUGGUCCAGAUAAACUUGAAGUCUUCCAAGGAUUUACCUUAACCACCUAAUAUAUUAAAACCUAGAGCUUUUCUUGACUAUUAAGCUUUUAAGACACAAGACACUUGUUUCUAGUGCAGCCAUGGCCUCUAUGUCUAAUUCUUCUCCAAACACAUUAAAAUCAUUUAAGAUCUGUGAUGGCUUAACUGUCAUUCAGCCUCUUCAUUAGGGGAAAAAUUGUGUUUUAACUUUACUAUUCCAACUGUCUUCGUAUUUGUAUGCUGCCCUCCCCCAAACAGGACUUUGAGGAAAAAUCCUAGCAAACACUAGGUUCAGUCACUACGAGCCUUGCAGAGGCCAAAAGACUAGAGUCUAUCCAGUGGUUUUGUAUUGUUCUCCCUCUCUAUCCAUUUUGCACCACAAGAGGAAACAAGUCCUGAAUGAUAAAUAAGGGUUUGCUUAUUUAUUGUCAGUUUACUGACAGCAAAUGAUUCUCCUCAAUUAACUUGAUACCCAGUUGGAUACAUUUGCAGAACCAGCCAUCUCCUUUCCCUCUCUAAGAUAGAUUGUAUAAGUUUACUUAUUUUACCUUUUCUUCCUACAACACAGUUUUGAUGCAUUAGCAAUCAGAUAUGAACAAGUAAGGAAGGUCCAGUUACAUAUUAGACAUAACUUGGGAUGUGUCUACUAUCUGUUCAUAUAUUCUGUGGUAGGUAAGUUUAAACUCUUUCCUAACCGUAGCCACCAGUAAAUUACUCUUCUUGCGUUCUUUUAUGUGGGUUAAGUUGAUCUUGACUUGCCUUUUUCAUUUUUUAAGCAACUAAAGAGAAACAUCUAAAUAGGACAAAGCCUCGUGUUCAUAUGAGACUUUGAAAGAGUAGGCUAAAGAAUAUGUAGGUAAAUUGAAUGUAUUUGAAUUUGCAGGACCUAAUAAAAUUCAUCCUGCUGUGCUUAAAGAACAAUUUGAAGCAAUCUCUGAAAUGUUAGCUAUUAUAAUUUUCUUAACACAAGGAACAUCAGAACUCAGGGAGGAUAGGUAUGGUCCCAAGAGGAUGGGAAAUAGACAAACAUAAUACUUAUCUUUAAAAAUAGAACCUUUCUAAGUACAAACCAUUCAGCCUAGCUUUAAUCCUCAGAUAGAUUUUUUUUUUAUUUGUGAAUGUUAAAAAUCAUAGUUAUUUGCCUGACUUUGUAGAAUUGGAAGAGAAUAUAGGACCCCAUGCAUGGUAGAUGGGUACACACAUAGAUUUCAUUCACAUACACAAGCUUCUAGACCAGGGAUUCCCAACAUUUAUGUGCCCAAGGGCACAUUUAAAUUUUGAAAGAAAAAGCAUUGGGUGCCAUUAUGAAUAUUAAAGUAUUUAGAUCAAUAGAUAUUAAAGUAUUUAGAUCAAUCCGAUCAAUCCUACACGGACACCUGAAUAAACCUCAGGGGGCACGAUGGUGCCCGUGGGCACCACUUUGGGAACCGCUGUUCUAGACCAUGCAGUUAGUCAUGUGGCCUGUGUUUGCCUGGGGCAUAGGGGGUUAAGAAAUUUCAUUAUAGGAAAACGUGCAAGACCCUUCAUAUGGUAACCUCACCAGUACAGAUCUGCCAGGUGGCAAGAUGUUGUUAGAGAAUGGUUUUAGCAUGUGGUGCAAUUGUUGCGGUGGGGAAGUCAAAGGCAUAAAAAGGCUUUGUUGGUUAAUGGUAUGGGUGAGAGGGGUUCCGUCUGCGCUCAGCCUUGCUUUUGGCCAGUGGUCUUGGGUGGCUGUCUUUGUAUUGGCAGCGGCCAAUGCAAGUUGGCCCAUGAUGAAAAUCAAAGAUUUUCCUUUUUAAAGGAGAAAAAAGCAGGAAACCAUGGGUUUCCCUUUGCAGGCUGGCAGAGUUCCAGUCUGCAAGGGGUUGCUUGGGGCUGGGGGGAGUGGGAUGCAGGGGGCCCCAUAUACACGUGCAGUUCCAUGCGGCCAAGUUCGUUGAUGACACCAAACUUUGGGGCAAAGCAUCCACACCUGAAGACAGGAGGGCGAUCCAGGCUGACCUGGACAGGCUCAGCAAAUGGGCAGAUGAGAACCUGAUGGUGU